AUGCUCUCGGUCUCCCGACUUCUUGCUUUCUUAUCUCUUAUGGGAGUAUUUGCCAGCCCUGCGGACCUAAUACCGAAAGUCCUCUAUCCUAAAUCCCCCAAAUUCCUUCGGUGGUUAGAGUUCUAUUACUCGCUUUAUAACGAUAACGGCGCUGGUGCCAAGUAUACCGAGUUCGACGGAACUGGCCAGUUCCAGAUCUCCUGGGAUGGAGGGUUAUUUAGUGUUGAGGGCGAUUAUACCCUGGCAGUAUAUAGCUGGACUACUGAUCCUGUAACUGAGUGUUGUGUAUAUUUUGAUGCUUGGAAGCAGCUUAACCUUAAGCCUGGCAAUCCUGUCUUUUAG